AUGUAAAUACCCGCCAACGCUGUAUCGGCUCAACCUUCAAAUUGAAGAGCGCUGUGUCUCCCUGUCUUGCAGAAGAAGAAACUACGAAGGAUGAAGAAAAAGGGGAAAAGUAAGGUCGCCAUGGUUAAUCUACUCACAACGCCAUCACCGAGAUCUUCCCCGCCGUACGAUUCCCCGGCGUCGGCGAUCUUCGUCAGAACGGCUUCGACCUCCAAGAACACCAAGAGAGCAACGGUUGACCACGCCAAAUCUCAAGCUCUCAAGACUGUCAGCAACGUAUCGGAGUUGAAGGACCUCGCUGCUACGCGUCUUGACGAACUGAAGGGCCUGAUUGAUCGCUCUCACUCUGAGAUCUUCAACGAUCUCGAGGCUUCCCAGUUACGUCUCCGCAAGAGACUUAAGAUGCAGACUCAAUCAUGCCAGCAAAUGAUGGAUGAAGCAGAUAAAGAAUACAAAAAAGUUUCUGAACGAAUUGCUGAAAAUCAAGAAUUAAUGAAGGCCUCGUAUAAAGAAUUCGUUGCAGAUGCACAGAUCAGCGCAUCUCGUGCCUGCAAAACGUCCGUCGCUAAUCUAUCGCAAUCAUUUGACAAAGCCAUUGACUCUCUUCGAAACCGUUUUGGAAUUUCGUCAACUUAGCCAAAGAUGCUAACAGACAGCUAAACAAGGCAAAUGGCAGUAUGCGUUCGGUGGACUAUGCUCAAGAACUGUUUUCGUAUCUAACAUUUGGACUUGGAAUUUGACAUGGACUGUGCCAAGAUUUGCUGGAUCACAUUGCUUUUCCAAAUUUUGAACAUUUUCUUUCUGUUGAACUGAUUGUCCUCCGCAUAGUAUUUGAUACAUGAAAAUAUAAGAAAGAAUCAGACGGAUUUUAGCAAAUUGUGCUACGUACAUCGGCAAUGAAUCUCCACUUUCUUUUAA